AUUGUUUUUAUCGAAUAGUAUAUAAACGUCAACUCACAAUAAGCGUUAAAUUUUACCGGUUACAACUAUUCUAGGAAAUGGAGAAUAAUUCUCCAGGUUUGAACCGCCUUAGGACCCUCUACCCAUUCGUUUGUGAAGAAGACGGCUUUCCUCUGCCACUCUGCUGGAGUUCUGAGGAUAAAUUCUAUUUUGUUGGAUUGUCAGAAAACAACCUAAGAGUCAGCUAUCAAGGUUACGGCAAAACUCAAUUGGACGCAGUAAGUGUCAGGGCUACUCACCCUAUUCCAUCAGCUUGUGGCCUGUAUUAUUAUGAAGUGAAAAUUAUCAACAGAGGAAGUGAUGGUUACAUUGGGAUUGGUCUCUCAGCUGAGGAGGUUGACAUGAAUGCACUUCCCGGUUGGAGAGAAAACUCAUUUGGUUAUCACGGUGAUGAUGGAAAGUCAUUUUGCUCAUCUGGUACUGGCCAAACAUAUGGACCUACUUUCACCACAAACGACGUUAUCGGAUGCGGGAUAAACUUCAUCGACAACACUUGCUUUUACACAAAAAAUGGACUCAACCUUGGAACAGCUUUUGUCGAUUUGCCUUUAAAUUUGUACCCAACAGUUGGUUUAAAUUCUCAUGGUGAAGUUGUUGAAGCCAACUUUGGUCAAUGUCCCUUUGUAUACAAAAUCGGAGAUGAUAUGAGAGAACUCAGGGCACGUAUAGCUUCUGUUAUUCUUAAUUAUCCCAUUCCUGACAAACCAAUGGAAGCUUCAAUUCAAAGUAUGAUUGCUACAUAUUUAGUGCACCAUCCACAAUGGUGUGACGUACCCAGAUCUGCUUCCUCAGCUUCUAGUUCCUCAGGAAAUGUCUCAUCAGAUUCCAGUUUGUCAGAUAUCGCCUCGUCAACAACAAUCAGCUCUCCUGGCUCGUCAUCGUCCCUAUUAUCACAAUUUUGGUUCAAUCGCAAUUUCUUCCACGUCAGCAAGGACUCUAGAAGGAAAAGAAAAGCUGACGAUGCCUAGUAGUUGCCUUCUUGGCUUUUUCGUCUCGUUUUUCAUGAGCUUAACAUUAUCAUAAAAUUUCUUCGAAACGCAUUGAGCCCCUCGGAAGUGCUCGCAUUAUUCAGCCAUUUUUCCUAAUGAGAAUGCAAAAAUUGUCACACAAAUUUGAACAGAUCCCCAGCCGAGUGUUGUGAUUAUUAGCAGCUCAACAAAUUUUUAAACUUUAACUUGUCCUUGUAAUUAAGUCGACCCUGAAAUUGUUUGAUACUGUACGAAUUUAUUCUUUUAAAUAGAGCUUGCGAAAUCUCAUCAAAUAACUUACGCAUCAAAUAUUCAAAUUGCAUAACUUAGUUUUCAUUUUUUCAGUUGGACAAAAUAAAUGUGAUAUUUACGAGA